AGAGCCGCACCCAGACAGUGCUGCGCCACUCAGGUCUGCAUCAGGAGCGCCAAGGUGAGCCAGUGACUUCAAGCCUUACUUCACUGGGGCAAAAUCCUCUUGGGAAUUACUGAGAGGCCUGUUCCUUUGUGGGAACAAAGGCCGAAUCAAACCUUGAUAGCUGUCUGGGGAAGCUUUACAGCCAAGAUGGCGGUCCUCUCUAAGGAAUAUGGAUUUGUGCUUCUCACUGGCGCUGCCAGCUUUGUCAUGGUGCUCCACCUAGCCAUCAAUGUGGGCAAAGCCCGCAAGAAGUACAAGGUAGAGUACCCUGUCAUGUACAGCACAGACCCUGAGAACGGGCACAUGUUCAACUGCAUUCAGCGCGCCCACCAGAACACGUUGGAGGUGUAUCCUCCCUUCCUGUUCUUCCUAACCGUGGGAGGUGUUUACCACCCGCGUGUAGCUUCUGGCCUGGGCCUGGCCUGGAUUAUUGGGCGAGUUCUUUACGCAUAUGGCUACUACACAGGAGACCCUAGCAAGCGGUAUCGAGGAGCUGUGAGCUCUCUUGCCCUCUUUGCCCUGAUGGGCACAACCGUGUGUUCUGCUUUCCAGCAUCUCGGCUGGAUCAGACCGGGCUUGGGCAGGGGGCCCAGACACUGCCACUGAGGAAUGGGGGGCCUUUCAACUCUCAUUCACCUUCAGCCACUUACCCUUAUUUCCAGUUCCACUGUUUUUUUAAAUAUAAUAAAACCUUAUCUGGCAUCAGCCUCGUACCUAAA